AUGCAAGCAGCAGCAGCAGCUAUGCGAGCAGCUGCAGCAGCCAAACUACGUACACCGCUGCAGCAGCAAGGCCCACCGGCAAGGUCCUGGGGCUGCAUGCAUGCGGACCCGCAGACGCUGCUGCAGCAAACCAACAGCCCCAAGUCUUGCUGCUGCAGCAGCAAAUCCAAAAGCCAACACAAACGUGCUGCUCACCAUGUGCGCCGACGGAGAGCUCUAACACCAGCAGCAGCAGCAGCAGCAGCAGCGGCUGCUGUUGCUGCUGCUGCUCGCGUGGCUAUGGCGCAGCACUCCGCCUGUCUGCUGCUGCUACACAGCGCCAAAACUCUAAGGGCACUGGGGCCCCCCAGAAGGGGCCCCAACGAGCUGCUGGGAAGCAGAGGUGCAGCAGCAGCAGCAGCAGCAGCAGCAGCAGCAGCAGCAGGUAGCUGCUGCACCCUCCCCCCUAUCAAGCGACAAGCGCUGCUGCCCUUUGCUGCAGCACGCAGCUACACCCAAUAUGCAACAGCGGCAGAGGCUGCAGCAACAAGAGCAGCAGCAGCAGCAGCAGCAGCAGCGGAGCUUCCGGGGCCGGCUCUCUCGCCAGCAGCAGCAACAGGAGCUGAUGCAGCGCGGAAACUGGCAGCAGCAGCAACUGCAGCAGCAGCAGCAGCAGCAGAUGUACAGACUCGGCCCGCGUGGGGCCUUCGGCACACUUGGAGGCCCCACAGCGUGGGAAGUGAUGCAGCGCAGCAGCUGCAGCAGCUGCAGCAGCUAGCAGCAGCAGCAGCAAACCAACUUAUUGAAUGCACAACUCCCGAAUUCCUUGCUUGGGGACCCUCGUGGGGCUGCCGUGCGCCCUCGGAGCAGCAGGCGGGGGCCCCCGCAGCAGCAAGCAGCAGCAGCAGCAGCAGCAGCAGCAGCAGCAGCAGCAGCAGCGGGUGGAGCCCUUCGGAGUUCCUGCUGGCAGCAGCAGAAACGCAUGCAGCGCUGCUGCACCUCCGGCUUGCAGAUCUGUCGGCUUCGCAGCUUUAUGGUGGCAUUCAGGCUGCUGCCAUUUUGCUGCUGCUGCAGCGCUCGAAGCAGCAGCAGCAGACGCAACAGCUGCUGCAGCAAAGUCACAGCAGCAGCAGCAGCAGCAGCAGCUUGGAGCAAUUCGCAAGGGCCGCCUUUUGUCUCUACGAAGAAAGACUUCAUGAAGCACCACUCGCCGAUGUGGGGGAAACAAAUUGCUGCUGCUGCUGCUGCUGCUGCUGCUGUCUCGAGUGCUCUGCUGCUGCUGUUUAG